AUGUCCCCUCCCUCCCAGGCCCAGCCCCAGCCCCCCAUGGCCCUACUUCUGCUGGACGAGACGGCCGGGGACCUGCCUGUCAGAGACACAGACCAGCCCUUGGUGAUUGCAGCAAUACAAGAUGUGUCAGCUGCUGCUCCCCCAGCAAAGGCUCAGGCGCUGCGGACCUGGCUGAGAGAGCCAGCCAUGCAGGCGCGGCAGCGCAUAAGCCGGGUGAGUCGGGAGGAGCUGGAGGACAGGUUCCUGCGGCUGCAUGACCAGAACCUGCUGCUCAAGGAGUUUGCCUGCAAGCAGCAGGACAGGAUCAAGAGGCUUGGUGCCAGGCUGAUGAGGCUCACGCAGGAGCACCAGCGGGCAGCACGCCAGCUGGGGCCAUCAGGCCAUCGGGCCAGCCGGGACCUGGAGCUCGAGGAGGCCUUGGAGGAGCUGCAGGCGCGGGUGCGGGAGCUGGAGCACCGCAACGAGGGGCUGCGGGGCCGCCUGCUCGCCUACAAGCAGCAGCUGCAGCUCGGGGCUUACAAGCACCAUGGCCUCUACGGCCACAUCCCAGCUCGGGUGGACACGGGGCUGCGGCGGGCGCACACAGCCAGCGGGAGGGGGCCUGAGCGGCAGCGCAAAGGUGUGCGCAUGCAGGGUCCAGAGGCCAGACACACACACACGGCGCCUCCGCAGUACAUAGACCACAGCAGAGAGGAACCUGGAACUGCGCUGGAUAGCCUCACCCGCGGUCUGGGGCUGGAGGAGCUGGCCUCUGAGUCCCCGCUCCGGGGUGAGAUGGAGCCGACUUGGCAGAGCCGCUGGCAGGCCUCAGAGCGCAGAGUUGCCAUCCGUGGGAACGUGGAGCUGAUCCGCCUGCAGCGGCUCCUGCAGGAGCGUGACAUGGAGCUGGCUGUGACCACAGCCCGGUGCACUGAGCUGCAGCAGACCUACGAGAGCCAGCUCCAGCAGAGGCAGGAGGUUUUAGGAGCUGCCAGCAGCGCAUUGCUGGCCCAGGCAGAAGAGCUUAGCACCCAGCUGAAGGGGCAGACGCAGAGAGCAGCAGUCUUGGAGAGCCAGUUGGAGGGUGUCCCGGCCCUGCACCGGGCUCUGGAGGAGCUGCAGGAGCGAGUCAGAGAUCUGGAGAAGGAGCGGGACUUGCUGAAGGAGGCGCAUGACAACCUGCUGGCAAGUGCUCUGGACAGCGGGCGGCUGCCUCGGCAGGACACCCCCCAGCUGGAGAAGCAGCUGAGUACGGCUCUGGCGGAGAAGAGGGUGCUGCUGGCGGAGCUGGAGGCAGCACGAGCACAGAGCCAGGUGCUGCAGCAGGACUCCAGCCAGCUGCUUCUGGCGCCUGCGCAGGAUGGGGAGCGGCUCCAGGACAAGGCCAGCCAGACCAUGGAGCAGGGCCCAGUGCUGCCCCCACCCCAGCCCCCCAGCCUGGAUGGGCCCCUGGCAGGCCUAGGGCAGCAGGACCUGCUUGUCCGGCAGAGCCUGAGCCAGAGGCUAUGUGAGACAGAGGCUGUCCAUGCCGAGACCGUGCUAGAGCUGGAGAAGACUCGGGACAUGCUGAUCCUGCAGCACCGCAUCAACCGUGACUACCAGGCUGAGCUGGAGGGCACAAUGCUGCAGGCAGAGCAGGCGGCACGGGGGUAUGAGGAGGAGCAACAGCGACUGGCACGGCUCCUGGACCUGCGCAGCACCCGUCUCCACCAACUGGAGGAGCAGCUGAAGGAUGUGGCCUAUGGGACGCAGCCACUCCCGCCUGCCAGCAACCGGGACAGCGAGGGCGAUGGGGCAGGGGUCCGGCUGGGCCGUGGCGAGAGCCUGCUGGAGCUGCAUGUGGUGGGGGCAUCACUGUCAGGGGCAGCACUGCGGGUACUGGGGGAUGCACAGCCCACUACCUUCUGCACCUACGCUGUGUACGACUUUGAGACCCACGCCACGCCGCUGGGCCAUGGUGCCCGGCCCCGCUACGGCUUCACCUCCCGCUACGUUCUGCGCGCUGAGCCCCUGCUGCUGCACUAUCUGCAGGGCAGCGCUGCCCGCCUUGACCUCCAUGUGGCCGUGGGCACUGAGCACCGUGCCUUGGCCACCUGCCACCUGCGCCUGGCCGAGGCCUUGGCCACGACCCAGCGGGUGCAUGCCACCGCUGCACUGCAGGGUCCGAGCAGCGAGGACUACGGGCUGCUGGAGUACUGGCUGCGGCUGCGCCCACCCCUGCAGCAGGGCCUGCGGCUGCAGCAGGAACGCACCAAAGCUCUGGGCUAUCUGUCAGCCAGUGUGACCCAGGUGGGGGCACCUUCGUCCAGCUGGCAACCGUGCAGCAGUGAUGGGCCGCCGGGCAGAGAGCGGCUGCAGAAUGAGCUGCAGGUGCGGGUCAGGGGCUGCCGGGGGCUGAGGAGUCGCUGCCUGGGGGCGCUGCCCAGCCCCUACGCCAUGUACCGGUUCUUCACCUUCCCCGACCGUGACACGCCCAUCGUGCCUGCCAGCCACAGCCCCCACUUUGGCGACCUGCAGACCUUCCCCAUGCACCCCACGCCAGAGCUGCACCGCUAUUUGCGGCACGAGAACCUCUGGGUGUAUGUCUUUGACGAUGAGGAUCCCCAGCCCGAUGCCUACCUGGGCAAGGCAGCCAUCCCACUGCUACCCCUGGCCCGUGGGCACAGCAUUACAGGUGAUUUUGUGCUCAUGGACCCAUUUGGGCACCCCAAUGGCUCCAUCAAUCUCAGCCUGGAGUGGCAGCACCAGUACCUGUCCCCUGAGGGCAUCCUGGGCCUGGGUGCUCCCAGCACUGCCCUGCAGCAGCCUGAGCCCCGGCAAAGGAAACUCCAUGUCUCAGCCCCCAAACCUGAAGCAUACACCACGAAGCGGCUGAGGCAGGACCAGGGCAUGGGGGGCCCUGCCCGGCCCAGUCCAGGUCUGAUGCCUGCCAAACAUGCCGCACAGGAGAGCAAAGCUGUGGCUGCACAGGAACCCCUGGCCCAGGCCAAGGAGAGGGAGGCUCAGGCUGGAGUGGUGGCACCAGCGGCACGGUCCAGCAGGGAGGAGGCAACACAGACGGGCAAGGAGGGCAUGAGCAAGUCCCCAACCCCAUCCCAGCGUUCAGAGCUUGAGUCCCCAAUGCCAGACAUAGCCACCCCCACCAAGGACACUGCCCCUGCCGAUGCCGACCAGGAGCUGGAGAGCAGCAGUGAUGCACCGACCACGGACAGCGACGAGAUCGUGGUGGGGGCCGAGCCCCAGAGACCCCCGAAGACGGCUACAGCACGGAUCUGCAUUGAGGUUAUCUCACUGAGCCUGUGGCCUGGGCCCGAGGCCAUGGCGAGCGGCCAGCGGGUGUACGUGGAGUACCGCUUCCCUGGUGUGCCCCUGGCCGAGACCGAGACCCCCGUGUCCCUGCGCCUGCCCCGCGUCGGAGAGUGGCUCUACUUCCACUUCAGCAAGGUGAUUGACCUGGACGUGGGCCUGGCCAGUGCCCAGCAGGAGACCCUCCAAGCUAUGCUGCAGGCAGAGGAACCACAGCAGAGCUGGCUGCAGUUUGUGGUGGUGAGCGAACCCCUGCCCGGGACGGGAGGGGAGUGUGAGGACCUAGGCAUCGCCUAUGUGGACCUGCGCGAGAUUCUGUGGACAGGCAACGAUGUGCUGGAGCAUGACCUUGACGUUUUCAGCUCCCUGGCCCUGGGCUCCAUCAUUGGGAAACUGAAAGUCUCUGUGGAAGCAGCUGCUGCCCUCCGUGCUGUCUAUUGGGAGGGUGGGCACCAAGCCCGCACAGAGAAGCAGGACUGACCUUGGCCAGCUGCACCUCCCUGCCCUGUGGCCAACAACAGAGGGUACGGAGACUCUGACGUGAAAGCAGCAGUCCUGGGACCAUCCCUGGACAGAGGCAGGGCCUGGGAACAGUGAACUUACAAAAAACAGUUUUAUUCAUCGGUUCAAUUCUUCUAAAGUCAAAAAUACCAAGAGCUACCGGCUACGAGAAACGAAAGAGCAGGGGCCCCCCCCUUGCCCCGCACCCCUCCCCCCCUCAGUGCGCGAGGGAGAGGGGGAUGGGGGACAGGACAGGGCCACAAUAAAACCCACCCGGGACGAGAACCGCGCUCCUGCCAGAGACUCUACUUGGCUGUGGCGGGACACA